AUGAUUAACAAUAUCAACGACGUUGUUAAGGGAAUACCGACGUUAAUAAUUAACAAUAUCAAUGACGACGUUAGGGAAAUGUCGACGUUGAUAAUUAACAAUAUCAACGACAACAUUAGGGGAAUGCCGACAUUGAUAAGUAACAAUAUCAACGACGGCGUUAAGGGAAUGCCGACGUUGAUAAUUAACAGUAUCAGAGACAUCGUUAGGGGAAUGCCGACGUUGAUAAGGAACCCAGGAGCUCUAGCUUACUCAUUUUAUCCACCUGACGGAGAGCUUCAUUUCAAUGCACGCAUUCCUUGGGUAAACGGAGCAGAGCCUGGGAAAAUGGACAUUGAAACGGUUGCGUUGCAUGAGCUUGGACAUGUUCUUGGUCUUUAUCAUAGUAAUGUUCCUUCUGCGGUAAUGUGGCCAACUUCAGAACCCGGUGUUACCAAAAGAAACUUACAUGAUGAUGACAUUGCCGGAAUUAAGGCAUUGUACAACUUUCCUUAA